ACGAGCAAGUAGUCAAGACGCUGCUCAACGCGGGCGCCGAUGUCAACGCGCAGGGUGGACGCUACGGCAACGCACUGCAGGCAGCUUCAUGGGGAGGCCACGAGCAGGUAGUCAAGACGCUGCUCAAUGCAGGUGCGCAUCAACACCUGGAGGAUGAUCUUGCGUUAAGUCCUGAAUAG